GUAGAGCGCGGGCGAUUGCGGCGCAUGAGAAGCGAUUUCGAUCCGAUUUCAAGUGAGUUGCUCAGGAUUCAAGCUAGAGUUGUCAUACUUAGAAGACGACACAAGCGCGAGCAUUUGUUUUGACGAUAACUUUAAACGAGACGGACAGAGACAUUACUCAAAUUCAAAUCUGAAAGUAUCACAUGAAUUCUCGUAUGUGUGCUUCUACAGGCACACGUGAGGUAUUAGAUAAGACCAUGACCUCCGUUGUAAUGAUUUGUUUAUUUGUGCAAGCAGAAAUGUUAAGUGAUUAUAUGUAAUGCUAAACAAUCAUCGCAUAUUCCGGUGUAACAUCAGACUGGAGAGCAGCUGUUUGUUUCUUCACUGCGAACAAAGUAUGGGACAAUCCGACUGGCGACGAUUAAUAUAGGCAGGUAGUAAUAAUUAUAGUAUUGCCUCAAAUACUAAAGCUAUCGCAUUCAGUCAGCUCCUCCACUGAAGCGAUCGCGUCUGACUGUCCGUCCAUUUGUAAAGUAAGUUGCCCGCCCGCUCGUCCCUGGAUCCCGCUCAUGGGUGACGCUGGACCGGAUGGCGUGCUACUAUCUUGUGAUCAGCUCCACGCACCUCAGCAAUGGACACUACCGGAGCAUCAAAGGGGUUUUCCGGGGUCCGCUCUGCAAAAACACCGGAGGCGAAUCACCGGACUACGUUGAAAAAGAGAAAACCAUUGCAAAAGCCCUGGGGGAUUUAAAGGCUAAUUUCUAUUGCGAACUAUGUGACAAGCAGUACCAUAAACAUCAGGAGUUUGACAACCACAUCAACUCAUAUGACCACGCACACAAACAGAGGCUGAAGGAGUUGAAGCAGAGAGAAUUUGCACGAAACGUUUCCUCAAAGUCCUGGAAAGAUGAGAGGAAGCAGAAAAGAGCUCUGAAACGUCUGCACCAGCUCGCUCAACUUAAGCAGCAGCGAGAUGGUGAUGAUAGGAAAGAUCCAAAGUUAAAGUCUACAAUCAAAGAUCAGGAUCAAGUUAAAAUAUCAUCCGAUGGCAGUUGCAAGUUUCACACAAAACCACCUGCAUCUUCAGUCGAAGAUACAAUUCCUAUCACCACUGAUGUCUCAUUAAAGGCCUUGUCCUCCACUCAUACGCCUACACAUCAGCAGCCGUGCCAUGAAAAACACCACUCCUCACCAUCAAAGGCCUCUGCAGGACACCGGAGUCCUAGGGCAGGGGUCUCGUUCUGCUUCUCCAGGCGAGCUCAGCUGAAGCUUGACUCUUGUGCAUCUGUGUUUAGCGAUGGGCUCGAAGAUGCCAGUGACUCAAUGGAGCUCCAGCGCCACAGGCAGAGACUCGCUCUGGAGGCACUUUGGUCCUGCUCUAGCUCACCAAGAACCCCAUGUAAUGAUGACCGCGAUCUAUCCCAUGAUCCUCCAGCUUUGGACUGGGCAGAUGGGGACUCUCAAACAGUGCAAAUGGAAGCACAAGUGGAACAUGUGGAGAGCCUUCAAAUUCAGGAAAAUUACAGCACAACGGAGCUUGAGAAGUCAAACUGGGAGCCAGCUGGUUUAGAGGACAGAUUGGCUGAUGAGGGGCAGAGACCCAGGGCAGAAGGGAAUUAUGGGGGAUCAGAGGAGAGGGAAUGCCCCAGCCCCAAUGUUUACACAGAUGGACAGGGUACCAUGGCCCAAAGCCAACUCCAAACACACACUGACGCACACCAAAAUACAAAGAAAAACAGUGAACAGGAUUUUAUGCAGAAUGGGAAAGACUGUGUUUCAGAAACAGAUAUGGAAAACAUCCACCCAAUUUGCAUGGAUGUUAAUACAGAUCAGAGUAGUAAGGCUUUCCUAAAUGUGCUCGGUAAGGACGGGAACACUCAGAAAUGGCCUUCUGAACUCGUGCAGUACACCUCAGAUGAGCAGCGUGUAUCUUACAGUUGUAAUCCGCUCUGCUUCUUUUUCAAACACAGGGAAGGCAAAGAGAAGAGCACAAACCCUGUAGAGAUGGAGUUUGGUGUUGUCGAUCGACUCGCAGGCCAGGAUGACAGGACUGAGUCACAAACACACAAUGUUCCUGGAGAUAAAUUAGGCAUUUUAAAACCAAAGAGACCCAAACACAGGAGAAAGGGGAAAACUCGUAGGUGUAAAUUAGAUGCUGUCAGGACCCGGCAAGCAGCCUGUGCGCUUAAAACCUGCUCACAAACAGAAGCUGGAGAAUGCUUUGAAUUCCAAAGCGCCCCAACUGACGCGUCACAACAUAAGCAAGCACGCGCUGAGAGAAGGCACAAGCUUGGGAAGAGAAAAAGAUCAGUGAGAGAUGAAACUUCAAAUGAAAGUGACACCCCAGAGCACAGCCUGAAAAGCAUUAUCGUAAGCUUGCAUUCCACCCCGGCACGUAAAAGGAAGAAAUGUCAAACGGUGAGGGGGUUGGUGUCUGCGCUGCGUUUGGUGAAAAGGAGGAGGCCUUUACCUUACUCUCUACACUACACAGCAGGAAGAGGGGAUAAUUAUCGAUGGUAUGAUGAUGUUUAUGAGUCUAAGAGGGAAGUGGCCUCAACUCCCACUAGUGACAAAUCCGGGUCAUGGAGUGGACUGUCAGACUUGGCAUCAGAUGGAGAAUGGCCUGUGUACCACACAGAAAGAUGCACCACUUCACCAAGAUCAAAGCCUUGGAGAAAGGAACACAGUCGGUUUAAGUCUUACUUUAGAGAUUCCUCACCAAAUAUUCCUGACUAUGGUUACAGGCACAUGUCUGAUAGUCUGUGCAGAGAUUUUGAACAUACAGACUGCUGGGAUUACACAGACUUAUGCAUCUACAAUAAACAGAAAUAUUCAGCCGUUUGUAACAGCCCUAAUCAGAACGAGAAGUACGGCAUCAGAAGGCACAAAAGAUUUACUGAGGAGCAUAAAAACAAAGAGCACAGAAUUCCAGAAAAUAGCAGGUUGAUUUAUAGAGUCUACGACAGUCCUGAACCUCAAGAUGAUAUCAGGGACUGGUGGGAUGAAAACCUCAGCCCUAUAAACAGCAGGUACAGGGAUAGAGAAGAAUCUUCAUGGUCAAGUCCAGAUAGAAGUGAAGACAGGUGGUAUAAUAAACCAGUAUCUAUUCGUAGCCCCAGCUCUUAUAGUAGCACUAGCAUCUCUGAUCUUAGUGGAGAAUGGAUGCAUAAUUUGAAUAUUCGACCAUCUCCUACUAGACAGAGCCAUAAAUAUAGCAAUCGGUCAAAAGAAAGAGUAGUCAAGAACUCUAAUUCUCCUCUAAGAAAGGAAAGUCUUUCCCCUCCCUUAGCUCCAAGUAACACUGUAGCUCAGCAAGAUUCUUUAAAAUCAAGUGUAGGGCGGGAAGAUACUACCCCCAAAUCUACCCAAGUGUCAACAGACCGGUGCACAUUGGUUAAGAAGGAUAUUAAAGCAAAGAAAGUGAAUGGUCCUCUGGCACUUCCUCUAAUUGGUAAACUCCCAUCAAUUAAGAAAGGAGCAAGAAAAAUAGGGAUUACUAAGGAUACAAGUGGCACUGUAAGUAACCAUCUUCGAACAUCUACAAAUGUCCCAUCAAAUGUACAAGUUACACCUCAAACUGACAAUAAGGUUCAAGAACAGCACACAGAAGAGCAACAUUUAGCUGUAAAAUCAAACUGCUCUUUGUCACAAAAACAUGAACUCAGAGACCAAGUUGACAAAGCAGACACCACAGGGAUCUACUGUGCAAAAUGCACAACCCCUCCCCUUUCUGAGCAGCCAAUUACCUUCACCGAAGAAGAGAUUGAGAAGUACAGACUUCUCCAGCUUCAAGCCCAGCAGCACAUGCAGCAGCAACACCUACAGGAACAACAUGAACUACAUCACACAUCUGUGGACAUGAGCCAUACAACAUUAGCAGCUCCAGAACCGGCCAAUCAAACCACUCUGUCAACAUGCCUGCCAUACAGCAUACUCCAGCCAUCAUCCUCUUCCGUUACACCCCACCGAUCCCCUGUUAGCCUUCUUCCCCUUCAUCCUUCUCUGUCUCAGCCCCACUUUGUCCCCCAAAUUCCUUCUACAUUUCUUCCAGCACCUCCUGCCACUGUGUUGGCAGCUCACCCCCUCCAUCUGUUCCCAGCCUCAGCCUUCCACACCAUUCACCAUCACAUUCCUGGACUGACUCUCCACCCCCUACCACCCACCUCUUUACUACCCACAAUGCUAAGUCCAAUGCCCAUUGCCGCGGCUGCAGUGGCUGCUGCCAGUAAUCUCCAAUUCCACCCCCUACUACACCCUUUGUUUCGUAGCCAGGAUCUUCAGUGCCACCCUGGACCAUCUAGCUAGUACCGUUCAGAUUGAGAAUGGAAAGAAUAGAAAAGUAUUUCUGAUAUUUAUGUCCCCCAAGUGAACUUGUGAUUAGUUUUUUCUCCCAGCCAAAGUUCUUGUUGAGUAGUGAUUUGGUAUUUCACCUGUGAGUGUUGCAGUGCCAACCAACCCAAUGAAAUGGGUCAUUUUUCUUUUUUGAUUACUUUACCACUUAUCAAACACCUGCUGUCUCAAUGCAUCAACACAGGGCUGAACUUCUCCGGUCUCAGCGCACUGUGAACUAUCAGCAGUUGAGCCCAUUCAGCUGUUGGCUGAAAAAGACUAUAACCUGAAGUCAAGUCAGAACAUUAAUGCCUUCUUCAAUUAGUAAUGGGUAGAAUUUGCAUAUUUUACAUUUAUGCUGCCAAGCAAGUUAUUCAAAGGGUUUUAUUUAUCAAGGUCUUGGGGCCAGCCUCAACAACUGUACAAGUAUUCAUGAACAUUUUUAAGAGUAUGCAAUCUGAGGUGAUAACUGUAUUUGAUCCAGAAAUACAGCAUGUGAUUAAGUCAUUGUUUUUGGGUGAAGACAUAAAAUUAAAAAAAAAGUUUAAACCCAAUCAUGUUUUCUGUGUUGUUAAGUAGGGUAGAGUACGUUUGGAUACUGACUAUCUCAGCUGUAGUGUGGACAUGCAAUAAUGUUUCUCGAUCUAUUCAGAGUGUAAUAUCUUCAAUUGUAUUUAUGUAUUCAUACUUUGUAAUGUAAAAACAAAUAACAUGCACUUGAUUGUUGCAUACAUGUUUAAAGCACUUUUUAUUCGUUCUUAUUUUGGUAGAGCCGAACAUACUUUUAUCUGUAUGAUAAUGUCAUGGGAAGAAUAAUAAAUUA